AUGACCAGUCCCGCGAAAGAAGCGCGGUCUGAGGACGCCCAUGGUGAUGUCCAGGACAUCCCCAUCGCCGAUGUUGAAGAUGAAGAACUUGACCACGAUGGCGACUUUUCCACCGCAGAUCAAACCCCUCUUUCCAUGACCCCUGUUCCCAGCGCAGGAGGCUCCCUGCAAACAAAUUCUAAAGUGAAAAAACCAGAACACACUACACCCACAAAACAGCAACCGCAGCAAUUGACCAAAAUGCCCAUGCAUCUGCUUGAAAAGCGUCGACAGGGGCGUCUCAAAGCAGCAGAACAAUAUGCGCAAAAGAUGAAAACCAUUGGAAUUGAACGCAGAGAUAAUAGUGCCAUUCAUCAAAAUGGUCUUUUCCGCGCUCUGUCGUUGAUUAACCAAAAAAACUACUCUUCUGAUUAUCUCAAGCGGGACGACCAGAUUUUCGCCAUGCGUGAACGGAAAGAGCUCAGAAACGCAACCUCGUCUCAGAAUAAUCCUGAAAAUCCCGUGGAGGACGACGAUCAGGACAGCAUCGAUGAAGAAAGCGAAACCAAUACCAUUGUUAUCCACCCCGGGUCCAAAUCUUUAAAGAUCGGGUUUGCCACAGACGUUUUGCCGCAGUCUAUCCCCAGCUGUGUUGCUAUACCAAGACCCGCAAAUUUCAAAGAUACACCUCCAAUCUUAAAGCCCUUCGACCAAGAGGCGUACCAUGAGGCAAAAGAAAGCAUUCAACAAGAUUUUAAAGAAAGAAUGAGAUAUUACAAACGCAAAAUCAUGCCCAACUCUCACGAGGCUGUUGUAAAUUUCAAUGCCAGGGUCCAGUCCGAAAAAAUUCCCGAACACAACGACCUUCAUAGGGUAGAGUGGAUCCAACAACCCUCAAAAGUAUAUUAUGGAGAGGAGGCUACCAGAUGCUUAUCGUCGCAUUUUAUAGUGAGAAGUCCAUUUUGGAAGGGUAAGUUCAACGUUGAUUCUCCGCAAUAUCAGUCUUUGCAAGAGUUGUUGUCUGACGUCUGCGAACUUUUGAAGUUUGCUCUCAUGCAUCCCAAACUAAACAUAAAAGAGUCUCAAAUUCCCAAUUAUAAAGUAGUUGUGGUGGUACCCGAUGCUUACGAUAAGGCAUACGUCGAAUCGUUCAUACGGCUCCUGUUGAUCGAUUUGAAGUUUCAAGCUGUGGCAAUAUUGCAAGAAUCACUUGCAUCAUGCUAUGGCGCUGGUAUAGGUGACUCCACUUGCGUUGUUGACAUCGGCGCCACCUCUACUAAAAUCGCAUGCGUUGACGAGGGUCUUGUUUUGGAGAACAGCAUUAUAUCAUUGGAUUUUGGCGGAGAUGACGUGACGCGAUUGUUUGCAAAGUUUCUCUUAGAGUCAAAGUUUCCAUACGAGGAUAUUGAUCUGAACAGUCCGCAAGGAUGGACUUUGAUCGAAUCUUUGAAAGAAAAAUAUGCUACUUUCCAAGAUGCCAAUGUAACUAUCCAACUUUACAACUUUUUAAAACGGUUGCCUGGAAAGCCCGGUGCCGAAAAGUUUGAAUUUAAGGUAUUUGAUGAGGUUAUGACUGCUCCCAUGGGCUUAUUUUUCCCCGAAAUCUUCCCGAUUGUGAAAACGCAAGAGCAGGAGGUGAACCGGUACGUUUCAAAACAACUCCCUCGCUCAAAGGAUCUUUUCACCUAUAAGGAUAACAACGUUAAGUCAAUAAGUCAGUAUUCGUGUCAGAAGGAAACGUCUUAUUGUGAUCUCGGUCGUGAUCUCGAUGUUCUGCAAAAGCUUCUGAAUUUACCUUCCGAGAUUGACGAAUAUCAGCAGGCUACUAUAGCCGACCUCACUCCCACUUACACUGCAUUGGAAAAGGCCAUCAUAGAGAGCAUUACAAAUGCCUGCGUGUGCCUCGAUAACAACCACUCGAAAGCAAUGAACUUUUAUUCAAAUAUCUUGGUUGUGGGUGGAAGUUCUAAAUUUCCAAGUUUAGACUUUAUCCUCACGGACCGAAUCAACAUAUGGCGACCACGUCUGCUGAGUGUAAGCACUCUGCCCACCUUUUACGAUAAAAUUGCUAAGCUGGUAAAGGAAUUCGAACAGACAAAUAAGUUGAGCGACAUUAAAGAUCAAGAGGAAAUGGCAGCACAGAAAAAGAAGCUCGCCAAGACCAUUAAAACGGAGCUCCAGUCGUACUGGGAAGACGUCGACGCUCUUGGUGGUAACGAAAGUGUCUUUCCCAUAAACGUUCUGCCUGCUCCUCGAGAAAUGGAUCCAUCGUUACUGACUUGGAAGGGUGGUAGCGUCUUUGCUCGACUUAAACUGAUUGAAGAGCUUUACGUCACUAAUAGCGAUUGGGACAUUUUGGGCAGCAGAAUUCUACAAUACAAAUGCAUUUUCGAUUAUUGA